GUCUCGGCUGCAGCCGGCCCGCAGGGCUGGGCUGAGUGUCGCUCGCUGCCAGCCCCGCCCUCGCCGCGCGGUCCUUAAAUGCCGGGCGAAGCAGCGCUGCCGCCUCCGAUCCCGUCUUCCCUUCUUCGGCGCCCGCCACCGUCCGCUGCCGGCCCACGAUGAAGCCGUUCUUCGCCGCGCUGCUGGCCGGCCUGCUCUGCUUGCAGACGGUGUCAUCGCUGACGUGCUUCACGUGCGAUAAAGCGGAAAGCAACUGGGGUUGCAUGAACAUGGCGACCUGUGAUAAAAAUGACAAGUAUUGCAUUACAAAAUACUUUGGUGGAGGUAUUGGUGAGAAUCACAAGCAGUCGAUCAGCAAAGGAUGUUCUCCGAUCUGCCCCCAAGGAGGGAUCGAUCUGGGCCUGGUGGCUUUCUCGGUGAAAUGCUGCGAGACCUCCUUGUGCAACACGAGUGGUGCUGUCAGCGUGAAGAGCAGCUCCUUGCUGCUGGUGCUGGGCACCUUGGCCAGCGUCUUCUACAUCUUUGGAGCCAAGCUGUGAUGAGAGACUGCAGGAGCUGAUGGCAGCUCCCCCAGGGAGGACUGAAACCUACCUUGGAAAGCUGUUACGUUAAAAAGAAUUUCCUGCUUGCUUCCUGGCUCUGCCUGCAAUUCUGUUAGCUAAUAGACAAUUGUAGUCCAGUCUAGUUCUUGGUGCACUUUGGUUGUGUCCUACCAAUGUGGACCUUUUCUGGGUCAAGGGCCUAAUUCUCCUUUCCUCCCCAAUCAUGAUUUUGCAGCUCUUUGUAAUUUCUUUGCAAUUGCCCUUCGCAAACGCCAGCCCACAUCUGUGACAAGAGGUGUGGAAGUGGACAGCAGGACAUAUUAUUACUGAGUUGAAAAAUGCCCCUCUGGGUGGCUGUUUGCUUCGCAUGGGAGAAGAACAUCGAGCCCCCCUUCUUGCUUGAAGCAGCUUUGCCUGCAAGGAAAUCAACUUGGGGAUAAUGUUCCCAGCUUGCUUAGUUUUCACUUGGACCUCCUCCUUGAUAAGUUCAGCUGUUGAUAAGAUGGCUGUUUCAAACACCAAGGGAAUAUACCUCACGUGAUGAGCGUUGUGGAGAAAUGAAUGCCUGGAUUCAUGGAAUCCAUGAUUUGUUAAAUAAACUACAAUUGGGUGGACUUGCACAAUGUGCUAAGCCAUAAAACAUGACAUACAGUUUACAAGGAUUGGGUGUACACGUGACACUUAGCUAUAUUGUAGUUUGGUUUGGUCUUACACUGGUUGGGUUCAUGGCUGAGUUGUUUUACUAGAGAAGCUGAAAGGAGCCUUUCUCAGUGAUACCUGAAUGGGAUGUGGCCAACGCCAGCUUCUUCCUGAAUCUGAUCCUAUGAGAACCAGUUGACAAAAGCAGAUGUUGGCUUAGCAAUAUUGGUCAAUGUUUCCACAAUUAGUGCUGCCCCCUAGAGGCAGAAUUUAUGCAAGAAUGAUGCACCCCAAAUGGAAAGUAACGAAUACAGACUUCACUCUGUAAACCUUUCCUAAUUCCACUAAGAAUUCCUUGGAUUUUCACCAUAUUGUGACAUUUUGCACUAGUCCAAGGUCCUUAAAAGAUUUACUCAGAAGUAAGUCAGGCACUUUCAGCAUUGGGACACAUCUCCAGGUGAGCAUCUUCAGAACUGAAGCCUCUUUUUCUAAAAAGUCUGCAGAUUUUCCCCCAGCCAGAAGAGGAAAAUUAAUCAAAAGAAAAGGGGAAAAAAUGCCAUGCCGUUCAAACAAUUGAUUUCAUUUUUUCUUUCCCCCUAUAGUCUUGUAAAGUGUAUAUUUUUCAUAAUGCUUUUCAAACCAGAAUAAUGGUAAU